GAUCGUAGCCGGGAGAAUCACUUUCCUGCGUUUAUUGACUUUAUACCCAAUUGAGAAGGACCGAUAUGGGUAAAACAUUGCUUUUCUUUGCGGUGACAUCGGCUGUGCUUUGUGCCGAGGCGCUUUCACUGUCUUUUUCAAAGGUAUACGUAGGUUAAGCAGAUUUUUACUAGAAGAUGAGACUAUUGUGGCAAACCAAUGAAAUUGAGGGGCACUGUUCUUACCAUGAGUUUCAGACCCGUGCUUUCAGAGAAGUAUUUCACUCAGACCAUGGAUCACUUCAACUUCAACAGCAUGGGAAACAGAACAUUCCUCCAGCGAUACCUUAUCACAGAUAAAUACUGGGACAAAGGCCACGGCCCUAUUUUCUUCUACACUGGCAACGAGGGAGACAUUUGGGAAUUUGCCCUCAACUCUGGAUUCAUCCUAGAGUUGGCCAAUCAGCAGAGAGCUUUAGUCGUAUUUGCUGAACAUAGGUACUAUGGCAAAUCUCUACCAUUUGGCAAAGACUCCUUCAACAUCCCACAGAUUGGCCUGUUGACUGUGGAGCAGGCCCUGGCCGACUACAGCAUCAUGAUCAGAGAGCUGAAAAAAGAGCUGACAGCCACUCAGUGUCCCGUCAUAGUGUUUGGUGGAAGUUAUGGUGGAAUGCUGUCAGUCUACAUGAGGCUGAAGUAUCCAAAUGUAGUGGCUGGAGCUCUCGCAGCCAGUGCCCCCAUCCUGUCCACUGCUGGACUGGGAGACCCCAGGCAGUUCUUCAGAGAUGUUACUGCUGACUUUGAGAGUGUCUCCCCUAAGUGCAGAGAUGCUGUGAGAGAAGCUUUUCAUCAGCUCAAAGAGCUGGCUGUGGAGCAAGAAUAUGGGCUCAUCCAAUCAGAGUUCAAUCUUUGUAAGGCUCCGUCAUCUGCUCAGGACAUCCAUCAGCUGUUUGGACUGCUGAGGAACGCCUUCACGAUGAUGGCCAUGAUGGAUUAUCCUUACCCCACUCACUUCAUGGGCAACAUGCCCGCCUACCCUGUCAAGGUGGCGUGUGAAACCAUGCUGAGUGGAUCUAACCUGCUCACUAAUCUCAAGAACACUGCUGGGAUUUUGUAUAAUUCCACUGGAGCAUUGAUGUGUUUUGACCUGUACAGCCUGUACGUGGAGUGUGCUGAUCCCACCGGCUGUGGACUGGGCUUUGACAGCAUGGCAUGGGACUACCAGGCCUGCACAGAAGUCAAUUUGUGCUUUGAGAGCAACAACGUGACUGACAUGUUUCCUCCGAUGACCUUCACUGGUGAAGAGCGUGAGCGUUACUGUCUCAAACGUUGGUCCGUCGUUCCACGGCCAGACUGGUUUCAAGUCCAGUUCUGGGGUGAUGCUCUCUCCACAGCCACUAAUAUCAUCUUCUCCAAUGGAGAUCUGGACCCCUGGGCAAAUGGAGGGGUGCGAAAGACGCUGAGCUCAUCACUGAUAGCCAUCAACAUUCCUGAAGGAGCCCAUCACCUGGAUCUGAGAGGACACAACGAUGCUGAUCCAAUGUCAGUGCUCAGUGCCAGGAAGACAGAAGCAGACAUCAUCGCAGAGUGGGUGAAGAUGGAGAGGAGAAGAAUACAGCUGUCCUUGUGAUACACAACUUGGAAUAUAAGUUGAUAAGACUGAACUAGAUUUAGAUUUAAAUGUGUCAUAUGAAAGAAAGGGUUCAUACUAAAUAUGCCUGCAAAGGAAAAAUUAAAGCAGCUUUGUUUGUAGUGUCAGAAUUUUAGUUCCAAAUCCAGCACACAGAAAAUAUCCACUAAUCAACACUGCCAAAACUAAAUCUUUUAGAUAUUUUUCAUAUUCUGAAAGUUUGUCCCUUUCUGUGUCCUGUGAUGCUUUUCGUUGUCUCUGUGAAAACAAUUACAGCUGAUUUCCUCUUA